AUAGCCGCUUUUAACGGUGCCCCCACCACGCAAGGCUGACACAGAUGAUAUAAACUAGGUGGGUUACCAGCAUGAAAUCAAAUUAUCAUUAACCACUGUCAAGCACAAAAUGUCGAAUAUUGAACAGGAGCUGCAAGCUCCCGUGGCAGAUGCUAAGAAGUUCUUUGAAAGUGAUGCUGGAGAUGGAACCAAAAGAGAAGAUCAGUACAUCCAUGGUGUCCAAUUGAUGUUAUGUUUCUUUUCUGUGUUCCUUUGCAUGUUCUUGGUGGCAUUGGACCAGACCAUUGUCACCACUAUUGUCUCCACAGUUGGAAACAAGUUCCAUGCUUUCGAGAAGGUGGGAUGGUUGGCGUCCGGUUUCUUGUUAACCAUGGCGGUGUUCAUCCAGCCCUUCGCUAAGCUUUCCAUCAUUCUAGGUAGAAAGCACACCAUGAUCUUGGGUAUUGUGUUAUUUGAAGCAGGCUCCUUGUUGUGUGCACUUGCUCCUACCAUGAAUGUCUUAAUUGGUGGAAGAGUUUUGGCAGGUAUUGGAGCUUCCGGUAUUCAAGGUAUGACCUUCGUGAUCGUGUCCGAAAUCCUUCCUAUUCACAAGAGACCCGUGGGUAUGGCUGUGCUCUCAGCUACUUUUGCCGUCGCAUCCGUUUUAGGUCCAGUCAUAGGCGGUGCCUUCACCACUCACGUCAGUUGGAGAUGGGCCUUCUAUAUCAACCUUCCUAUUGGAGGAGUCGCUAUGGUCUUCUUUAUCUACUCCUUUAGGCCUCCAUUCCCUGAGGGAAGCAUUUUGGAAAAAUUGAAGACCUAUGAUUAUCUUGGUACUUUCUUUAUGACCUCAGGAAUUGUGGUCUUUUUGUUGGCCUUGACUUUUGGAGGCAAUGAUUACGCGUGGAACUCGGCUGCUGUGAUUCUUUGCUUUGUCCUCGGGUUCCUUAUGAUCGUGGUAUUCUGUGUGUGGAAUUUUAAAUUUUCGAAAAACCCACUUAUUCCAUACGACAUCAUUUGCACCCCUCAGUUGGUGGCUUGUUUCGUUACCGCGUCAGGUGUGUUUGCUUUCUUCAUAGCAUCUAUGAUCUACUUGCCGGUUUACUUUCAAGUCAUCCAAGAGAAGAGUGCUUUGAGCUCGGGUCUUCAUUUACUUCCUACAGUUAUAGCAGUUGUUAUUUCAUCCGCAGCUUCUGGUAUUUUCAUCCAGAAAACCAGAUAUAUCAAAAUAGUUGCUCUCGUUGGAAGUGUUUUGGGUCCAAUCGGUAUUGGGUUACUCUGUUUGCUCCAGGUGGAUUCGAGUAAAUCGGCUCAAAUCGGUCUCUUAAUUAUCGUGGGUAUUUCAACUGGUCUUAACAUGCAACCAUCGGUUAUUGGAGCUCAAGUCAGUGCCCCCAAAACUCCUGGAAGUACUAUCUUGACAAUCAGUCUUGUCAACUUCUUCAGAUCUUUGAGCAGUUCUAUUGCUGCAGACUUGGCUGAUACAGUAUAUUCAUCCUCUUUGCAGAAGAUAUAUGCAGAAGCUGUUAGAAGUGAGACUAACCAAGAUAUUUUAACAGAAUUGGCAAAUAUCACUCCAAAGAUGUUGAGAUCUGACAACAGUUUCAUUUCAAGGUUAUCACCUGAAGCCCAGCACUUUGUCAAGAGUCAAAUCAUGAAAGCAAUCAGAAAUGUUUUCUACAUGGGUAUUGGACUUGCUGCGAUUUCUCUUAUAGGAAGUUUGUUCAUCACUAACAAGAGACUUCCAACAGCUGAACAACAAAUCCGGGAAGCAAAGGAAGUUGCUGCAAAUGCACAGACCGAAACUGCCCCCAACGAAAUCUUAGAUCCUGCUGUUGAAAACGAAAGUAACGUCAGUAAGGAAGCCAGUGAUUCAUCUCUCGCUGAGAAAGACGAAGCUAAAAAUCAAACUACAACUUAGGAGCAUUAACCACAAAUAAUUAAUCACUGUAAAUAGUUAUGAGAUCCUAUAGGAUCAUAAUAUGUUAAAGAAAUGGGUGAAGAGGAUUGGAAAGGAAAUUUAAAGAAAAUUCAUAUAGUUAAUAAAAUAGGAAC